ACCCCAGUUAUGCUCUUUCCGUGUCUGAAUUUACUGACCUCCCCAACGUCCAACAGCAGCUUCUUUCUGCUAUGGGCACUGUCAUUGUACAGGUCACAACCAUGACACCAACAGUAAAACCAACAAUCCUAGUUGAGAGUCAGGCUCCCAGGAGGGAUGUCGUGUUCUUGCUGGAUGGAUCUGAUGGCACGAGGAGUGGAUUCCCAGCAAUGCGGGACUUUGUUCAAAGAGUAGUGGAGACACUCGGUGUGGAUGAGAACAAAGAUCGCGUGGCUGUGGUCCAGUACAGUAGAGAUCCAGCCGCCCAAUUCUAUCUGAACACAUACACAACAAAAGGAGAGAUUCUCAACACUGUAAGAGGUCUGAGACACAAAGGUGGGAGACCUCUCAACACUGGAGCAGCUCUCCAGUAUGUGAGAGACAAUGUCUUGACUGCCUCCUCCGGAAGUCGACGCACUGAAGGUGUUCCACAGUUACUGAUUCUGCUGAGUGGUGGAAGGUCCUUUGACAAUGUUGACACUCCAGCUUCUGCUCUGAAGGAGCUUGGGGUCUUGAUCUUUGGAAUUGGAACAAGGAGCUCUGAUAGCAGAGAAUUGCAGAGGAUAUCACAUGAUCCCAGUUACGCUCUGUCUGUCUCUGACUUCACUGACCUUCCAAACAUCCAGCAGCAACUUCUGUCCUCGGUGGAGUCAGUUGUUAUUGACGUUACGCCAGAAUCGACAACAGAUUUAGUUGAUCAUGACACCUCCAGAAAGGAUGUGGUAUUCCUUGUGGAUGGUUCUGAUGGCACAAGGAAUGGAUUCCCAGCAAUGCGUGAUUUUGUUCAGCGAGUAGUGGGGAAACUCAAUGUGGGAGGAGACAAAGACCGCGUUUCUGUUGUCCAGUACGGUAGAGAUCAAGAAGUUCAUUUCUAUCUGAACACAUACACCACAAAGGAGGACAUUCUUAACACUGUGAGAAGUCUGAGGCACAGAGGAGGUAGACCCCUUAACACUGGGGCAGCCCUCCAAUACGUAAGGGACAACGUCCUUACUGCCUCCUCUGGAAGCAGAAGCCAAGAGGGCGUCCCUCAGAUGCUGAUACUGCUGAGUGGGGGAAGGUCCAGUGAUAAUGUUGACAUACCAGCUUCUGCCCUGAAAGACAGUGGGGUCUUGAUCUUUGGCAUUGGAACCAGAAAUUCCAGCAGAGAGGUUCAAGGGAUUGCCACUGAUCCUAGUUUUUCCCAGUCUGUUUCUGAAUUCACUGACCUCCCCAGCAUCCAGGAGCAGUUUUUCUCCACACUCAUAACUGUACAAGUUGAGGCCACACCCAAAACCCCAACAGUCAUAGUGGACCAAAGCAUUGCCAGAAAGGAUGUAGUAUUCCUGCUGGAUGGUUCUGAUGGCACUAGGAAUGGCUUUCCAGCAAUGCGUGACUUUGUUCAAAGAGUGGUAGAGAAACUCACUGUGGAGGAGAACAGAGAUCGAGUCUCUGUGGUCCAGUAUAGCAAAGAAUCAGAGGCCCACUUCUAUUUGAACACUUACACAACAAAGGAAGACGUUGUGGACACCGUAAGAGGCCUGAGGCACAAAGGAGGGAGACCCCUCAACACUGGGGCAGCUCUCCAGUAUGUCAGGGACAAUGUCUUUAUUGCCUCCUCCGGAAGUAGGCGCCUUGAAGGUGUUCCACAGAUUCUGAUACUGCUGAAUGGUGGAAGGUCCUUUGACAAUGUAGAUACACCAGCGUCUGCUCUCAAGGAGCUUGGUGUCUUGGUGUUUGGAAUUGGAACAAGGAGCUCUGAUAGCAGAGAAUUACAAAAAUAUCCUAUGACCCCAGUUAUGCUCUUUCCGUGUCUGAAUUUACUGACCUCCCCAACGUCCAACAGCAGCUUCUUUCUGCUAUGGGCACUGUCAUUGUACAGGAUUUCAGUAUUUGAUAGCUUUGACAUUUUAGUUGAGAGUCAGGCUCCCAGGAGGGAUGUCGUGUUCUUGCUGGAUGGAUCUGAUGGCACGAGGAGUGGAUUCCCAGCAAUGCGGGACUUUGUUCAAAGAGUAGUGGAGACACUCGGUGUGGAUGAGAACAAAGAUCGCGUGGCUGUGGUCCAGUACAGUAGAGAUCCAGCCGCCCAAUUCUAUCUGAACACAUACACAACAAAAGGAGAGAUUCUCAACACUGUAAGAGGUCUGAGACACAAAGGUGGGAGACCUCUCAACACUGGAGCAGCUCUCCAGUAUGUGAGAGACAAUGUCUUGACUGCCUCCUCCGGAAGUCGACGCACUGAAGGUGUUCCACAGUUACUGAUUCUGCUGAGUGGUGGAAGGUCCUUUGACAAUGUUGACACUCCAGCUUCUGCUCUGAAGGAGCUUGGGGUCUUGAUCUUUGGAAUUGGAACAAGGAGCUCUGAUAGCAGAGAAUUGCAGAGGAUAUCACAUGAUCCCAGUUACGCUCUGUCUGUCUCUGACUUCACUGACCUUCCAAACAUCCAGCAGCAACUUCUGUCCUCGGUGGAGUCAGUUGUUAUUGACGUUACGCCAGAAUCGACAACAGAUUUAGUUGAUCAUGACACCUCCAGAAAGGAUGUGGUAUUCCUUGUGGAUGGUUCUGAUGGCACAAGGAAUGGAUUCCCAGCAAUGCGUGAUUUUGUUCAGCGAGUAGUGGGGAAACUCAAUGUGGGAGGAGACAAAGACCGCGUUUCUGUUGUCCAGUACGGUAGAGAUCAAGAAGUUCAUUUCUAUCUGAACACAUACACCACAAAGGAGGACAUUCUUAACACUGUGAGAAGUCUGAGGCACAGAGGAGGUAGACCCCUUAACACUGGGGCAGCCCUCCAAUACGUAAGGGACAACGUCCUUACUGCCUCCUCUGGAAGCAGAAGCCAAGAGGGCGUCCCUCAGAUGCUGAUACUGCUGAGUGGGGGAAGGUCCAGUGAUAAUGUUGACAUACCAGCUUCUGCCCUGAAAGACAGUGGGGUCUUGAUCUUUGGCAUUGGAACCAGAAAUUCCAGCAGAGAGGUUCAAGGGAUUGCCACUGAUCCUAGUUUUUCCCAGUCUGUUUCUGAAUUCACUGACCUCCCCAGCAUCCAGGAGCAGUUUUUCUCCACACUCAUAACUGUACAAGUUGAGGCCACACCCAAAACCCCAACAGUCAUAGUGGACCAAAGCAUUGCCAGAAAGGAUGUAGUAUUCCUGCUGGAUGGUUCUGAUGGCACUAGGAAUGGCUUUCCAGCAAUGCGUGACUUUGUUCAAAGAGUGGUAGAGAAACUCACUGUGGAGGAGAACAGAGAUCGAGUCUCUGUGGUCCAGUAUAGCAAAGAAUCAGAGGCCCACUUCUAUUUGAACACUUACACAACAAAGGAAGACGUUGUGGACACCGUAAGAGGCCUGAGGCACAAAGGAGGGAGACCCCUCAACACUGGGGCAGCUCUCCAGUAUGUCAGGGACAAUGUCUUUAUUGCCUCCUCCGGAAGUAGGCGCCUUGAAGGUGUUCCACAGAUUCUGAUACUGCUGAAUGGUGGAAGGUCCUUUGACAAUGUAGAUACACCAGCGUCUGCUCUCAAGGAGCUUGGUGUCUUGGUGUUUGGAAUUGGAACAAGGAGCUCUGAUAGCAGAGAAUUACAAAUAUCCUAUGACCCCAGUUAUGCUCUUUCCGUGUCUGAAUUUACUGACCUCCCCAACGUCCAACAGCAGCUUCUUUCUGCUAUGGGCACUGUCAUUGUACAGGUCACAACCAUGACACCAACAGUAAAACCAACAAUCCUAGUUGAGAGUCAGGCUCCCAGGAGGGAUGUCGUGUUCUUGCUGGAUGGAUCUGAUGGCACGAGGAGUGGAUUCCCAGCAAUGCGGGACUUUGUUCAAAGAGUAGUGGAGACACUCGGUGUGGAUGAGAACAAAGAUCGCGUGGCUGUGGUCCAGUACAGUAGAGAUCCAGCCGCCCAAUUCUAUCUGAACACAUACACAACAAAAGGAGAGAUUCUCAACACUGUAAGAGGUCUGAGACACAAAGGUGGGAGACCUCUCAACACUGGAGCAGCUCUCCAGUAUGUGAGAGACAAUGUCUUGACUGCCUCCUCCGGAAGUCGACGCACUGAAGGUGUUCCACAGUUACUGAUUCUGCUGAGUGGUGGAAGGUCCUUUGACAAUGUUGACACUCCAGCUUCUGCUCUGAAGGAGCUUGGGGUCUUGAUCUUUGGAAUUGGAACAAGGAGCUCUGAUAGCAGAGAAUUGCAGAGGAUAUCACAUGAUCCCAGUUACGCUCUGUCUGUCUCUGACUUCACUGACCUUCCAAACAUCCAGCAGCAACUUCUGUCCUCGGUGGAGUCAGUUGUUAUUGACGUUACGCCAGAAUCGACAACAGAUUUAG